GAUCCAGGAUGCUUUGGGGCGGACAGGGAGAGGGGCAGAGAGAGCGAGACAGAGGUAGAGAGAGAAGGAUAGGGUGAGUCUCUAUCGUAAGGGGACGAAGAAACCACAGAUCCUCUUCUCCUUGCAUAUUCACCUUUAGGAAGAAAAAAAAACGGAGAAGUGUGGAAAAGGGACGGGGAAAAAAAAGGAUAUGAAAAGAACAUGAAAGAAAGAAAUCGUCAUUAAACGCACUACGAAUUUCUCUCUUUCCCUCUCUUCCUCUAUCUCGCACCUCUCUCAAUUUAAUCUUAAAUCCACUCCAAUUUCCCCCGAGGGACUCAAUUCUCUCUUUUCCUUGAGAGACAGAAGAAGAGGGUCCAUUCCUCCUGGUAGAGUGACACCAGGAAUUUCCUCUUUCUUUCUCUCUGCUCCACUCCCUCGCUCCCCACCCCCCACGCCACUCUCCCCACCCCCCUCCACCAUGACACUGCUGGCGUCCGAGAGGUCGCUUCUCAUCCGGAACAAGUUCCGCUCAGUCCUGCAGUUGAGGAUUCAGAACCGAAGGCAGAGUGAGAUCAAUGCAGACCCUGGGUUGAAAUCUACUUGUCCCUCUCAAAAAGCGGAGAAAGACCAGAGUGAAGCUCUGCGUCUAACUGACGAUGGUGCCACUCAGAAGUUGCCCCCUAGUGGUCUGAACACUGAAACUGCACAAGAGAGGAGUGUAUGCGGGGCCCAGAGGCAGAAGAAGGCUCGCCAGGCACAGGACCUCAGUGAGAGGAUCCAACAUCCGCCUGGACCUGUGGAGCAACAGCACGAACACACACUGCCCCUUGAGAACCGUCCUGCCUCUUUCCCUCUGUCCGCUGAUGUCUUCGAAGAUGACAUCUCCACCUGCUCCUCCUCCUCGCCCACUGAGCAACAUGGCGUUCACCAAUCACCGGCCUUCCGUUCACUGCCAGGGCUCUCAGGUGACCAAUUACUGAGUGACUUCUCAGCUGUGGGCCCGCCCCUUAACCACAGCCCCGGUCAUGCUCAGUCUGGUUUGGCGUUGCUCCCGGCAACCGAGGGCAUCAGACAACCAAUGAGUGUAACACUGGGUGAAUCAAACUCCAUGGCAACAACUGGGAGACCAAAUGGGAUCUAUCUGACCUCUCAGACCACACCCCUGCUGCCAAAGACAGCUCGGCCUCCCAGCCCCACUUGUUCCUCCUCCCUGCCAUCCUCCCUCAACUUCAGCCACCUCCCCCGCCCACGGAAACCGCGGGACACCAAACCUAAGAUGAGGAAACUCAAGUAUCACCAGUACAUUCCUCCAGACCAGAGAGGAGGGUCUGGGACUGGAGGGGGAGGAGCCAAACAGAAGAGCCCUACCUCUACCCAGUCUUUAGACCCAGCCUAUUCCCAUCUCCUGAAGCAGCAGCAGGUCUUCCUCCAGCUGCAAAUCCUUCAGAACCAGCAGCAGCAACAACAGCAACAACUACAACCACAACAGCAGCUCACUGUUGUACCAAGUGGAGGUCACAGUGAUCUUGUGAAGUCCUCUGGUGCCAUGCCCCUGAACCCCCAACCUGUUCCUGCCACAACAAACCACACGCCUAUGGACACAAACUCCACAUCCAAGCCUGAGCUUCUCCCGGCCAAUCUUGUUGAUCUAACAGUGUCAGAGCUGCGGCAGCAGCUGCGUAAGCGCGGCCUCCCUGUCUCCGGCACUAAGCCUGCCCUGUUGCAGCGUCUCCGUCCCUUCCAGCUCCCCCAUGCUUGUCUCACUCCUGCACCCCUCUGCCAGCUGGGAACUAGCAUGGAGCCCCUCACUCCCAGCCCCCAGCUGCCACCCAACCAGAGCCCCAGCUUAAGCUCCAGCUCUGGACCAGACUCGCCCGGCAGCAGCCCCAACCAACAGAUGUACAUCCAGGACAGGGGAAUUCCUAAUGGGAUUCUCAGUGAAGCCCCAAAUGGGAUCCUGAGUGCUGUCUCGAAUGGUUUCUCGAAUGCUGCAUCAGUCAGUUUGGCAGGUGAACAGUGUGGUCUUACCAACACCGUCUUCCUGGCUCCUGCCAGCACCGCCUCAGGAACUCCAAGUCCCAGUCUACCCAUGUCGUCCUCCUCGCCUCUGCAAUGUGGUACUCCCUGGAGAACUGAUAAUGAGCAGCAGCAGCAACAGCAGCAGGAGCUGAGCGUGGAGCUGGAGAUGAGGGAGAGAAUACGGAGCAGGCCUAGGGAACGCUCUGCUAACACUGGCAAUGAGUCUUGCGGAGGAUCCCUUCAUCCGUUCCUGCAACAGGACCCAGGAUGCUCUAGAGGGAAGCCAGAAACAGACGCACAGACCGAGGUGUUGUUUACACAGGUGUUUUGCUGCCAACCAUGUGAUGUGAUUGGCCAGGACUUUGAGCUGCCAGUUCAGAUUACAGCAAGUCCUGUUCAGGCCUUGCCUGGUGUUCGCAGCUUGGAGGAAGAACUACAGGAGGCCAUCCAGAAAGCACAGAUGGACCCUCGGCAGUCCAUAGAUGACAUUCUGGACGAGUCUAUUACUUGCGUCCGCUCCACCAAUGUCUCUGAUCAUAAAUCCCUUGCCCACUCGGCCCCCAGCCCUUCUCCUCCCCCUCAAGCCGAUCAGCAGCACACCAAGGAUGACAACUUCUUGCCUUCGCCUCUUUGCUCCUCUCUCUUACUGGAGCUUCCUCCAUCUCCUGCUGUAAUAACCCCAAGCCAGGUGAUCCCUGCUCCUCCACCACCCCCCAUCUGCACCUCCCCUCUGUUGUCCACUGGAAAGUCACGGAAACGACGGGCUCCGACACAGUUUGAUGCUGCUGACUGGCUUGAAAUGCUGACGUCUGGCCUGCGCCCGCUUACCCCGCCCACAGCUCCCUUCGUUGAGACAGACUUCAGUCUGGAUUCAGAUCUGAAUGUUACAAUGUUACAGUGUUACAAUUUCAUUUAGCAGAUGCUUUUAUCCAACGUACAUCUGAGCGUUAAUACAACACAAGCAAGGAUCUAGUCAGGAGAACAACGCGAGUAAGUGCCAAUUGAGUGUUGGAUCUAAUGAUAGAGCAGUGGUGAGAACUUGUGUGCGCAUAUUUGUUUAUAACUCUCUAUGUACAGUAGGUGAGCGUUGUAUUGUUUGAUUGUCAUGAAUGGGGAAGAGUGUAUGAAUCCCACUGAGGGCACAAGAUUGUGAAUAGAGGCCUCCAUCCAUCCAUCAUUGAUAGGCUGUCAGAGUCAUUGGCUCCACGCAAUGUCGAGAGCUGGAUUCAUUGCAGCGAUCAGAUCAAACAUAGCUUUGAUGGGGCAACAAGAGCACAAACACAUGCACACACACAUAGACACUGCAGAGCGCUGUUUAAAAGCACUUGGGCUCAGCCAGAAAUGGCAAACAAGCAACACAUCUGUGGAUUGACACACUCCACAGCACAAUGUUUGCAGUGCAAAACAAAAGAAAACCUGGUGGCAUAUUAAUUUAAACAUGCUUCCUGGCUGCGCUGGGAGAAUGUUGUUUCUGACUUAUCUCCAAAACCUGUUGUCGGAUUGGGUUGAGUGUGGCCCCUGGUGUUGACUCAGUCAUUGAGUCCUAGCCAUUCAUAAAGCCCAUUUAGAGUGUGUAAAAGCCAGGCAGCGCACACAGCUUGUGUGUGGCUCCAGACCUUAACCCCAGUGCCAGACACACAGUCGGCAUGCAGAGGGAGAAAGCUGGCAGAAGCUACAAACAAGCAGUGCGUGUGCGUGUUCAUGUGUACGUGCAAGUGCAAGUGUGUGUGCGAGCUUAUGUGUGUAAGUAUGUGUGUGUUCAAUAUUUCUGACUGUAUGUGACUGUGCACAAAGGGCUGCUUUUUGUUUGUAUGUGUCAACACAAAAAUGCUUCCAUGUAUAUUUAUAAGCAUUAUUGCCAAAUGCACUUGUAGUUACACACACUUACAAUUAAGUGUGCCUGUUUGUGUGCGGUAUGAUUGAUCUGUAUAGGAUACGAGUGGAAGACACAGAACAGAGGCUGUGUAUUUCUGUGUCCACAUUUCAGACCAGACAUUUCGUUGUAUUCUCAUUGCCAGCGGGCAGUAACUCCAGUGUAGAUAUCCAGUGUAAUCAUCAGAACAGCCACAUUACCUUGUUCAAGUCACCGUUCUCCAGGAGAGCAAUCAGGCAACCGCCCCAAAAAUAGUCCCCAUACAAAUGCACCAAUCAGACAAGUGAGAGUUUCCUCAUCGCUUUGCAAAAACAGGUGGUCAUUUUGUUCCCUGAUUAACCCCCAACUGUGUCUGGCCCGCUGCUCAGUGCUUACCCUGCUACUGGCAAAGCCAGAUUUAGCACAAUUUAUAACCCAGCGCCAAGACCACACCUGUUCACUCUGUAAAUUAAUUCCUUGAAUGUAUUAUUUGACUUUGUUAAAUCUUUGCUGUACAGUUCAAUAUAAGACGUGACUAUAAAAUGCACUGUAAAAUUAGCACGUGAUAUGUUUGGAGUAUAUGAGACAUGUCACAUGACCAGAGGUGAGCUUGUCAGUUGGGACUGAUCCAGUAAAUGCUGCACAUUUUCCUAAUUGUGACAGUGAUGUUGCUUUCAUAUUCUAAAUGAUUUACUGGUCAUGUAGAAAUGGGUACAUUAUUUGUUUGUAUAAUACACUUUCAGUGAGUUAUGUCCAAUCUCCUCAUAUACAUUCUCAACCCCAUUUAACAUAAUAACAUCAAUAAAAAAUCUGACAGAGGUUAGCUGCCAUUAACCUAUCCUGCACCAGAUAAAUGUAAUUUAGACACAAGAUCCCAUCUACAUAUAUUACAUUUUACUCUUAAUUGGCUGCAUAUGCCAUGAAUCAUUUUGAGGGGUUCUGAUUGGCUCAUUCAUAUGGGGAAUAACUAACUGGAUGUCUUUCUGUAAGACCACUUUAUUUUGCAAAAACUGUGUUUCGUCCCCUGCUCAUUCUCCACCGUAUUGUGUUAAAAUAAAAGUAAUGUGCUGAGUGCAAUAUGGUUUAUGUAAAGGGCACAGCAACUGGCAGAUGUAAGGUCAUACUGUGAUCAUGUCAUGUUUUUUUUUGUACGCAAACCUUUGAACCUCUAGUUUCUUGUUCUAAUGAUAAACCAAUGUCUUAUUAAGCAAGACAGUUGCGAUGAAUUAUUGGAAGAAGAUAUCUGAGCAUAGGCAAGCCUUCAACACAAUACUACAGAUUAUGUUGAAGCAUUUCUUGUGCAGCUUUUACUACAGAAACAAUGAAAAAUGCAGUUAAAUGUGGAUGGAUGGCUAUGAUAAUCAUAGCGAUCAAUAAACAUUGCCAGCUGCAUGACAAAAAAAAAGAAAAUUGAUAGGCAGGAGAGUAAGAUGCUACCUCCUGUGACUUCCAGUGCUUUAGGGCCUCCACUAGUGUUUUCCUUGUUUCUAAUUUAAUUUCCGAACACUAGUGCAGAGUUUCCUGUCUCAGAGACCAGAUCACCCCUGAGACAGUUUCACAGGUUUGACUAAACCCAGGUUACAUACUGUUAUAAUGUGACCCGAUUUAGAUUUGAAGCUGGAAACACCAGGGUGUUACAGGUAACUGAGACUCUGUUGGCCACUUCUGCUGCUAUAAAUGCCUUAUUUGUGUAAACAUGAGACAAAAUACAAUGUGUUUGCUUUUAUUUAUUAUGUAAUUUAUUCAUGCCAAAGAUAUCGACCCCUGUCCAAAAUGUAUUUAAAAGCAUUAAGAAAAUUAAAGUCUUAAUAGAUUUUC